UGUGUAUUUAUACCUAUGUGCUGUAAACGUAAACUAUGAAAUUAAGAGUAGUUUGAGAUUUUAAUUAUUUGUUGAAAGGGAGUCCCCUUAGAUGCGAGAUGUGAUAAAAUUUGCAGAGGGUUCUUAUUAGAUUCUGGCGCGCCUCGGCCGGCGGAGGCUGUCCCGCGGGGAGGCCGGGCACACCUCCCGUUGACCUAUUUUCUGGUUAUUGCAUCGUAGCUAACUAUUUAUGUCCAAAGAUAUAAAGUAGGGCGCACCGGUCCUGGAUUUCAUGUGCAGUCACUUCGUUUUACACCAAUUGUGAGCUUACUGUGGCCCAUCGUUUCUUAUUAUUGUUAUUUUCGUUAUGUUGCAUAAAUUUAACUGCUAUGUUCUGAAAUUAGGCUGUGUUGUGAAUAAUGUGAAGAUUUUUAAGUUACCCACAAAGUGAAAAGUGUUUAAAAAGACAUUAAAUGAACUGUGUAAGAUCAACAAUGGCUCAGUGCUUGAGUGAGCAGUAUUUAAAUGCAGUGAGUGGUGAAAAAAUACUAAAAUGAUGGACUCUGAGUUACCACCGGGCAGCUGCAACUCCACCGGACACCUGUCCACUAUUGGAUAUCACACUGCACCAGGUCGCAUGCACCACUCGGCGAGCACGCCGGCGGGGGUGGACGGCGCGGGCGGCGGCGCGCGCACCCCCCCCGCCACCCCCAAGAAGGGCGGCAAGAUGCUGGCACUGCGCGUGCAGAUGCUCGACGACACCAUCUCCAUGUUCCAGAUACAGUCGAAGGCGCUGGGCAAGGUGCUGUUCGAGCAGGUGUGCAAGCAGCUGCACCUGCUGGAGGCUGACUACUUCGGCCUCGAGUACCAGGACGUCAACGGGACGAAGUACUGGCUGGACAUAGAGAAACCGAUCUGCCGGCAAGUGGGCCUCUCGAUGCUGGAGCCGACGCUACGGUUCUGCGUGAAGUUCUACACGCCGGACCCGGCGCGCCUUGAAGAGGAGUUCACCAGAUACCUGUUCUGUCUUCAAGUGAAGCGCGACCUGGCGCACGCCACCAUACAGUGCAACGAGAACACCGCCGCGCUCAUGGCCAGCUAUAUUAUACAGGCGGAAUGCGGCGACUUCGUUCCUGAAGACUACCCGGACCACUCGUACCUGAGCGGCUACAAGUUCUUCCCGGGGCAGGACGCCGAGUCCGAGCGCCGCAUCAUGGAGAACCACAAGAAACACAUUGGACAGAGCCCAGCAGAAGCGGAUUUAAACUUACUAGAGACGGCCAGAAGAUGUGAAUUAUACGGUAUAAAAAUGCACCCGGCCAAGGACCACGAGAACGUGCCUCUGAACCUGGCGGUGGCGCACAUGGGCAUCGUGGUGUUCCAGCACACCACCAAGAUCAACACCUUCAGCUGGGCCAAGAUACGCAAGAUCUCCUUCAAGCGGAAGAAGUUUCUGAUUAAAUUGCACCCUGAGGGAUAUAGUUACUACCGCGACGUGGUAGAAUUCUUCUUCGACGGGCGCAACGAGUGCAAGAACUUCUGGAAGAAGUGCGUCGAGAACCACGGCUUCUUCCGCUGCAGCAGCGUGCCGCGCCCGCGCCGCCACAAGCCCCGCGUCAUCACGCGAGGAUCCUCGUUCAGAUACAGUGGGCGCACUCAGAAACAAAUAGUGGAGUACGUCCGAGAUAACUACGUGAAACGACAAACAUUCCAGAGGUCGGCGUCGUUCCGGGGCUCGCGCUCGCUGCGGUCGUCGCGCGGCGACGUGGCCGCGCCCGUCAACGCCAGCGUGUCGGCGCACCCGCUGCUGCCGCUGCCGCCUGGCUCCGACGCGAUUUCGCUGGAGUGGGCAGCGCAGCCACACUACGUGGAGGCGGCGUGGAUGAUGCGCGGCUACAGCCGGGCGGAGGCGCGCGAGGCGGCGGCGCGGCCCAUCGCCGCUCGCUCUCAGGCGAACCAGGCCGCCUGCACCAUGCUCAGGGAACGGCUCACAAAAAUGUACCACAACGAAAUACAUUACCAGCCGGGUCCCGAAGUAGUGACCCAUGCCGAGGUCAAUCAUCACCGUAUGGAGGAUUCGCCUCCGCCUCAUCGGAUGAUGACACCAUUGACUUCUCCGGAGAGUAUAUGGAAGGUAGCGAGUACUACGUGCGUUGCGGACAGCGGUCGCGCUCGUACUCCGCCGCCUCGUGCCCCGCCGCCUGCGCCGCGCCCAGAUGGCGACUCGACGUCUCCGGACGAGGACGUGACGGUGUCGUCGGCGAGCCUGCUGCUGUCCCCCCGCACCGACCGCGCCGCACCCCCCCUCUGCGCCUCCACCCCCAUGCACGGGAGAGGGAACGAUAACUGUGACGGGAAACUCAACGGCAAUGUGGACAAUAGUAUUGUGAAUCAUAGCGCGGUUAAUAAUGGGAAUGGUCCAGUGGUGUCGGAGUCUACGCACAGCAUCGACGUGCUCAGCGGAGGAGAGAGCGAUACGGGGGACACACUCAGCAGAUCGCGGCUCAAUAAUAACAGCAUAUCGUCAGGCUUCAUAGCGACGGUGGAUCGCAAGAAGCGCGGCGGCGGCGACCUGGCGUACUGCAUCGCGAAGCAGCUGCUCAUGACCGAGCGCACCUACAAGCGGGAUUUGCAGCUCGUCACUGUGACGUGGUCGAUAUCCGUGUCCGGUCUGGCGACGUGCCAGCCGUCGCUAGUCGAGGCGCUGGGGCGGCCGUGCCUCGCGCUGGAGCCGCUCGCGCUCGCGCAGGGCGCCUUCCUCGCCGCGCUCGAGCAGGCCCACCGCGCGCACAUUAAUCGAGAAAACGAAGAUUCAGAGCCAGAGUACAAACGAAUAGCUGAAUUACUUUAUGAAUAUUUAUCGAAAUCGGCUGAUGCCUACACGUCGUACACGCACCGCGCGGGCGCGCUCCUCGCGCGGCUGGAGAGCGCGCGGCGCGGCGAGUGCGCGGCCGCGGCCGGGGCGGUGUGCGCCGCCUUCGACUGCGCCGCGCCGCUGCCGCUGGCGUGCCUGCUGCUGCGCCCGCUGCACGCGCUGCUGCUCUACACGCGCCGCGCUGCCGAGCUGUCACAAAUAGCGGACAACAAGCUCAGCUGCCAGCUGCACGAGCUGACGGCGCGGCUGGCGGAGGACGCGCGCGGACAGCUGCGCCACGCCGAGAACCACGCCGCGCUGUGCCAGCUGCAGAGGGAUAUACUAGGUUAUGACAAAUUACUUGUAGCUGAUAGAGAAUUUCUGAAACUUGGCUGUGUAUUCAAACAUUCGACAAAGGGUCUUCAACAGAGAAUGCUAUUUUUGUUCAGCGACAUGGUCCUAAUGGCGUCGAAGGCGUCGGGCGGCGCUCAGUUCCGUGCGCACCUCGUGCUGCCGCUACACUCGCUCACUAUGCGCCAGGAGGAGACUAAUUGUCUCACUCUUAUUGAUGGAGAAACGUCGCUCACAAUAAGCGCGGGUAACGCGAGUGAGUUGGAAAGUUGGCGAGAGAGCAUCGCUAGAGCCGUGGAGCUUGCGCCCGACACUCCCGUGGACACAGAGCUCACGCCCUACGAGCAAGAUGUCGUGUUGGCGUCAUCGUCGUCGACGUCGUCGAUGUGCGCGGCGAGCGGCGGCGCGCUGCUGCACGUGUGCUGGCACCGCGUCACCUCGCUCACCAGGGACCACCUGCACCUCGCCAUGAAGACUCAACUGUCCGGCUACCUGCUCCGCAAGUUCAAGAACUCGCACGGCUGGCAGAAGCUGUGGGUGGUGUACGCCGUGUUCUCGCUGUACUUCUACAAGAGCUGGCAGGACGACGCGCCGCUCGCCUCGCUGCCGCUGCUCGGGUACACAGUGGGCGCGCCCAGCGAGAAGGACGGCGUGCACAAAGAGUUCGUGUUCAAGCUGCAGUACAAGAACCACGUGUACUUCUUCCGCGCCGACACCGCCUACACGUAUGCUAUGUGGACAGAGGCACUACAGACUGCAAUGGUUCAUUCGCAAAGCAAAGUUUAAAGUGAUAUUAAUUUUAAUUAAAAGCGUGAAUGAUGCAUCAACCAAAAUAAUAAAAUUGGUGCCAUAAUAAUAGCAUAUUAUACAAACUCGGAAGAAAAAUCUUUUUUUAAGAUUCAACAUAAUUAUAUUUGGUUAGUCUAGCAUUUAGUUAAAUGGUAUUAGAUUGAAACGAAGCAAUAAGGGUCUUGCCUGAUAUUCGAAUGUAUUUUUAUUAGAUUAAUCGUGGUUGUUUUAAACAAAGACUGUAAAGUAACGUGGUUUUUCGCAAUCAUGGCACCUCUAACGUUAUUUAUAAUCUCAGCUUUUAUUUCAUGUAUUUCAAAUAUAAUUUAUUAUUGUACCAUAUUGACUAGUAGCUCAGAUAGCCUACUAGAUUGAGCUCAUCUUAGUUAUUAAUGACAGCUACAUAAGUAUUAUGUAAUAUUCCAGCAAGUGCCUACGUAUUAUUUAAGACUAAACUAAAACAAAUGUCAUAGACGUGAAAUAAAAUUCCAAAGCUAAUAUAAUAUUUUUAAAUGUUUGCAAAAAAUAUGUCGCAAUAUAUUUUUUUUGUCUAAGCUAUAAAAUUCUGAGUUUUAAAUGAAUUAAAAUAUUAUACUUUAUUUCAAAAUACCAAAGUCUUUGAUUACGUAUUAUAGGGCCCACUGUCUUAAAACUAAAUGAAAACUCGAUUUAGUAAAAAAUAC